AUGUCCAAGCUCGUUCAUAUAAUUGAUGUUGAGAGUGGGAACUUGCAGUCCCUUUCCAACGCAAUCAAGCGUAUCAAUCCAGACUACACCAUCAAAUUUAUUCACAAUGAAGCAGAAUUUCUUGCACUUGAUCAUGAAAUCACCAAGUUAAUCUUUCCGGGGGUCGGAAACUACGGCCAUUUUGUUCGUCAGAUAUACGAAAGGAAGCUCGAUAAACAUAUUGAAAAGUAUAUCAAGGAUGAUAGAGAGUUGAUGGGGAUAUGUGUUGGUCUACAAGCGUUUGUUGAUGGGUCGGAAGAAAGUCCUGGUGAAAAGGGGUUGGGAGUUUUGGAUUUGCAGUUGGCAAAGUUUAAUGUUGAUGAUCCAGUUUAUGCUGAGCGGGGAAUCAAGAAAGCUGUGCCUCAUAUCGGAUGGAAUAGCAUUGAAGAGAUUACAGUUGCUGGCGAUGAUAUCAGUUCCAAUAAGUCGUUGUUUAAUUUGAAUUUGAACAACAAAUACUACUUUGUUCAUUCGUACGCGGCAAUAAUUGAUCAGGAAUCCACUACUAAGUUGAAUAACUUGCGUUCACAGGGUUGGAAUUUUGCCAUUGCAAGAUACGGGAGUGAGAAGUUCUUAGCUGCUGUCAACAAGGGCAAUUUGUUUGCUACUCAAUUCCACCCUGAAAAAUCUGGAAUUGCGGGAUUAAAAAUCAUAAAGUCGUUCCUUGAAGGCGAAAAGUUCCCAGCUGUCCACAAGUCAGAUAUCCAAGAACAACCAAAAGAUGUUGAAGUUACACUCAGUGGAUUGACGAGGAGAAUCAUUGCAUGCUUAGAUGUGAGAACCAAUGAUGAUGGAGAUUUGGUGGUUACCAAAGGUGACCAAUACAAUGUUCGUGAAACAAAGGGUGAUGGUUCCACCUCAAGUGAGGUUCGAAACUUGGGUAAACCAGUUGAACUAGCUACAAGGUACUACAACCAGGGAGCCGACGAGGUGACAUUUUUGAACAUAACGUCGUUUAGAAACUCUCCAUUAAAAGACUUGCCCAUGUUGGAAGUUUUGAAACGCGCGGCUGAAACCAUCUUUGUACCGUUGACCGUUGGUGGUGGUAUCAAAGAUAUGCAAGAUCCGGAAACUAGUAAAAUUGUGCCUGCUGUUCAAGUUGCCGACUUGUAUUUCCGUUCUGGUGCAGACAAAGUCAGUAUUGGAUCAGAUGCGGUCACCAUAGCAGAGCAAUACUAUGCUAAUAACAAGCAAAAGACGGGCAAGACUUCGAUUGAAGCUAUAUCAAGGACAUUUGGAAAUCAAGCUGUUGUCAUAUCAGUCGAUCCAAAGAGACGAUAUGUUGCUUCACCAAAGGACACCAAAAUGCAAACUAUCCACAUCAGUGACCCUGAGAGAUAUGGGCCAAAUGGAGAACAAUAUUGUUACUACCAAGUAACAUCCCAAGGUGGAAGGAAAAUCCAUGAGUUGGGAGCAUUAGAAUUGUGUCUUGCUUGUGAGGAUUUGGGUGCUGGUGAAAUAUUGUUGAACUCUAUUGAUCACGAUGGUUCAAACAAGGGGUUCAAUUUGGAAUUGUUGAAUCAAAUCAAAUCUCAAGUUUCAAUCCCGGUAAUUGCAAGUUCAGGUGCUGGAAAUCCACAACAUUUCAAAGAAGUUUUUGAGUUGGAGUGUGGGAUUGAUGCUGCGUUGGGAGCAGGGCUAUUUCAUCGUGGAGAGUACACGGUUAAUCAAGUCAAACAUUACUUGCAAGAACAAGGCAAAAUGGAUGUGAGGUUGGAUGAUGAAGUGGAGUUGUAG